AUGGUGUUAUUCUUGGAGCGGAUACACGAGCCACUGCAGGACCCAUUGUUGCAGAUAAGAAUUGUGAAUAGAUUCAUUACAUUGUCCCUAAAUAAUAUUUAUUGCUACGGAGCUGGAACUGCAGCAGAUACAAAGGCAGUAACUGAUAUGGUCAGUUCUCAGAUAAAGCUACACCGCUAUCAUACUGGUCGCAAGUCCAGGGUGGUUACCUCUCUUUCAUUGUUGAAGUCUCAUCAUUCUAGGUCAGCGAAUGAGCACAGAGCAUGCUUCGCUGCUUUACACACCAUAUAUCCACAUGGUUCAAUGGACACAUUCCCAUUUGCUACGAUGGGCUCUGGGUCUCUUGCUGCAAUGGCUGUUUUCAAGUCAAAAUAUCGUAAAGGGUUUAGCUUAAGCUCUCUUUUUCAUAGCAUAGAUACUUAG